GACUCUAGGGCUGCAGAUAAGGCUGUUGCCAUGGUGCUGAAGGAGAUACCCAAUAAGGCGUCAUCAGAAGGGAAGCCCCUCCUCACGGUGACAACCAAGCUGGUGAGUGAACAACAAGAGAGUCGUCCCCUGCUAAGCCCUUCCAUCGAUGACUUUCUGUGUGAGACUAAAUCCGAUGGAGUUGCACGCCCAGUGACCUCCAACACAGCAGUUCUGUCCUCCACCCUGGACCUGUUGGACUUGAGUGAGCCUGGUGAGAGAAGGUACAGCAAAGACAGAAAAAGCCCGCUGUCCUCCAGAGGUGAGCCGUCAAAGUGCACACCACAUCGGAAGAAGGUAGAAGACACAGAGCUGAUCCACGUGGACGUGGAACAGAGUGUACCAAGCUCCCGCACUCCAGAGAAGAUCUCAUUGGAUUCAGUAAAUGUUCCCUCCCCACUGGAAAAAUGGGAGGAGCUUAGCACUCACCCAGAAAGAAACGGUAGCAGGAAGUGGAAGUUGGAGAGACGGCGUUCAUCAAAAAACGCAUCCAGCGAGUUGCUGUGGUCUAUAGACAAAACACAGUUAGAUACAGGCACCAAAACCUCAUUGGAGAUCAAUGCCAAAGUGGAAGCUGAGGCGAACCCUGUUACUCAACUCAACAAGCAGUAUGUUAGUGGAAGACAUGGCUGUCUGAGCAAAGACCAAAGAUGGGGAGGCGCUCUCCUGUCCAGGAACCAGUCGCUGGAGGAGGAGUUUGAGCGCGCCAAGGCAGCUGUGGAGUCAGACACCGAGUUCUGGGAUAAGAUGCAGGCAGAAUGGGAGGAGCUGGCAAGGAGGAACUGGUUGACAGAAAACGAGCAGCCUCAAAUCCCCUCUACGGUCUCGCCUCACGAAAAGGGGUACUACUUCCACACAGACAACCCUUACAAAGAUUGGCCCAACGCUUUUGAAGAGGGUGUUCGGAAGUCUCGCGAAGGAGACUUGCCUAAUGCCGUCCUGCUGCUCGAGGCUGCCGUGCUGCAGGAUCCGCAGGACUCCGAGGCUUGGCAAGUGCUGGGGACCACACAGGCAGAAAAUGAGAAUGAGCAGGCAGCGAUUGUCUCCCUCCAGAGGUGUCUGGAGCUCCACCCCAACAACCUCCAGGCCUUGAUGGCUUUGGCAGUGAGCCUGACCAACACAGGCAUGAAGCAGGAGGCGUGUGAAGCUCUCCUAGGUUGGCUCCGACACAAUCCCAAAUACAAACACCUCCUGAAGAAUAGGAGCCAUCUCCCAGGUUCCCCGAGUUCUCGGAGAAUGUCCCAUGUCUCAUCCACGGUCAGCUCCCUGCUGUCCGAAGUGAAAGAACUCUUUCUGGAAGCUGCCCAACAGAACUCUGACUCCAUCGACCCGGACCUGCAGACUGGUCUGGGGGUUCUUUAUAACCUCAGUGCUGAGUACAACAAAGCCGUGGAGGCCUUCAAUGCCGCGCUGUCAGUGCGGCCAGAGGACUACCUGCUCUGGAAUCGCCUGGGGGCAACACUGGCCAACGGUGACCGCAGUGAGGAGGCUGUGGAGGCUUACACCAAAGCCCUGGAGCUGCAGCCUGGCUUCAUCAGAUCACGCUAUAACCUUGGCAUAAGCUGCAUCAACCUGGGUGCACACAGAGAGGCAGCAAGUAAUUUCCUGACAGCGCUGGGUCUGCAAAGGAAAAGUCGGAGCAGACAGCUGUCCCAUCAGGUUAUGUCAGGUAACAUCUGGGCCGCUCUGAGGAUAGCUCUCUCCAUGAUGGACCAGCCAGAACUCUUCCAGGCAGCUAACAUCGGAGACCUGGAUCUUCUCAUGAGGGCCUUCAACCUGGAUUUGUGA